AUGUCAGGCAUUAACUCAGGAAACGCGCUCGACGCUGGAGCUUCUGCUGCUACCAAAAACACCGAAUUCUCUGAUGGCAUUCACGAGGAUGUCUCAUCAGACCUAACUCGUGAGCAUGGACCUGGUGGAAAGAAACAACCAUGGCCAGUAAGCAGUGGCAAGCCCGGUGGUGUUGGCAUGCUUGACCAACUCGGAGGCACAACUGGCAAACUCGGUAACGACGCAAGCAUACAAAGUGGCAGCUCGUUUGCUGCUGGUGCAUCAUCUGCUACGAAGGACACAGAAUUGACCAGUGGCAUUCACGAGGAUUCUGCUAGAGGUAUCGAGAGUGUCAAGGGUGCUUCGAACAUGUUCUUCCCGUCAUCCACCUCGUCCUCAGGAUCAGGUUCAGGAACAGGCUCAAAUAUUCUGUCCAACAUCAAGGACGAAGCCAACGCAGCCAAAGAGAAUAUCUCUGCCGCAUCCAAUCAAAACAUGACCUCUACUUCUAACACGAGUGGUGGUUUGCUAGGAGGACUAAAGGAUAAGAUUGGCGGAGUCUUCGGCUCAGCUACCCACACUGGUACUGAUAGCCCAAUGGCGGCCGGUGCUUCAUCAGCCACAAAAGACACAGAUUUGUCCGAUGGUAUUUACGAGGAGGGAACCAAUGCAAUUGAGAGUGUAAGAGGCGCAACAGCCAGGAGGAGCACGUGA